AUGCUCCGCAUCGUUCUGCUCAGCGCCCGGCGCAUAUGGGCCCCCCGUGAUUGCACUCUCGAGCUCCCGCGGUGGGGACCCGACCGCCCGGCGUGGCGCACUCGGCGAGGUGUCCGGGUCGCGCUCGUCCUGCUCGUCCUGCUGGUGAUCGUCCCCCUCGCGCUCAGGGCGUCGUGGUCCCCGCGUCUGCGCGAAAAGGCGUGGGCCGUGUUCGGUGCACCCGCGGACUUGCCCCCGCUGUACGAGGCAUACCACGACCACGAGCUCGACGUCUCGCGCCUUGCGGGGGACCCCCCGGGUGCAAAGUAUCUCUACUUUGACAGCCAUGUCCGCGGCGUCGGCUGGGGAAAUGCCAUGCAAGAGCUCCUCCUCCACUCGUACCUCGCCUAUCGCGCGGGGAGGACCUUUGUCUGGUACAAUUACACCUGGAGCGACGACGGGUCCAAGUGGUCAUAUUACAAAGGAAAGCCCAUCCCCUCGCGCAUCCCACUCUCCGCGCUGAUCAACGGCCCGAUAGUCGGCGGACCCGUCUUCACCGACGCGAACGCGCCGGCACCCGUGAGCAUCGCCCAAGACCACUUCAACGACAUCUGCCCAGAGUCCGCGCGGAAGACCAUCAAAAACGACGACGUCAUGGCCCUGCUGGGACACGAGUCCACCGCCGGAUCGCUCGUCGAAAAGUGGGCCGAGGUGCUCAGCACCGUCGACGCCAAAUGCGUCCAGGUGCCCCGCGACUCCUGGGCCGUCUUCGACAUCUGGUGCGCGCCCCGCUCCCGCCCCCACCGCGCGUGCAGCUGA